AUACGUAAUUAGGGGGAGGAGCUAGGCCAGCUGGAUAGUUCUAGCAACUACUCCACCAACUACUCCGGACCGGAAGUAUGUUGGAACGCAAGGACCGGAAGUCUGAUGGAACGCAAGGACCGGAAGUCUGGUGGAACGCAAGGACGGAAUUGAGGUGAAACGUUUAGGCCUGAUGUCUCCGUGAGAGGAUGUGGUGAGGUGACUAGUAAGGGAACGUUCAGCAGUGAGGAUCCAGAGAGUCAUUACUAGAAGCCACGUGUAUAAAUCACUGAAGAUGAACAAGAACAGGAGUCACACUACUGAGAGGAUAUUACAUCUCACCGUGGAGAUCAUCUACCUACUGACUGGGGAGGAUUACACAGUAGUAAAGAAGACAUGUUGUGAUCAAAAGACAGCCAGCAGCCAUCCCCAUGUGUCAGGAGGACUGAGCAGGACCCAGAGCCCCAUCACAGUGCCUCCACCUCACUCACUGAUACAUGAGAGGCACAAUGACCAGAAGAUCCUGGAACUCACCAACAAGAUCAUUCAGCUGCUGACUGGAGAGGAGGGGGAGUAUAUAGAGGAACACAGCGGUCUGUACAAGGACGUGAUGAUGCAGAAUCACCGGCCCCUCACAUCACUGGAUGGGCCCAGUAACAGAGAUACCCCAGAGAGAUGUCCCCGUCCUCUGUAUUCCCAGGACUGUACAGAGGAGAAUCACAGGAUCCCACAGGAAGAUCAGGGUGAAGACUUGACUGAUGUUAAGGUAGAAGUCAUAGAGGGAGAAGAAGAGACGUAUGUGAGGGGUGAUCAGCAGUGUAAGGAGGAGGAAAUCCCUACAGAUAUCAGCACAGGUGGAUGUAGCAGGAAUAUCUCAGAGGACCAUCUCGUUUUAUCUCCAUAUUGGAAAACAGAAGAUAACAUUGCACAAGAUUAUCCAGGAGAAAACCCCAUUACCCCAAUUAUACAUCCAGUGGCUCGCAGUGCAGAUGUAUCCUCUAUCUAUCAUCGGGAAUAUUCUCUUGAUAACUCUAAUAUUGAUAAAUAUAUUGCAACACUUAGAGUAGAAAAUAUAUUUCCGUCUUCUAUAGUUACCACGUCUAUUACUCAGAACACAAAGCUUAUUACCCAUCAGUCCGGUGUGACAGAUGAGAGGCCAUUUCCAUGUUCUGGAAACGGAUCAGUUCCCGUUUCACGUCACAGAAUUUACCGAGGUGUGAAACCAUUUUCAUGUUCUGUGUGUGGGAAAUGUUUUCCAAAGAAAUCGACUCUUGUUAUACAUCAGAGAAGUCACACAGGGGAGAAAUUAUUUCCAUGCGCUGAGUGUGGGAAAUGCUUUACAUAUAAAUCUGUUCUUGUUUCACAUAAAAGACUUCACACAGGUGAGAAACCAUUUGCAUGUUCUGAGUGUGGAAAAACUUUUAGUGCCAAAUCAUCCCUUAUUACACACCAGAGAAUUCACACAGGGGAGAAACCAUUUCUGUGUACAGAGUGUGGGAAAUGUUUUACACACAAAUCCUCCCUUGUUACACAUCAGAGAACUCACACAGGGGAGAAACCAUAUUCUUGUCUUGAGUGUGGGAAAUGUUUUACACAGAAAUAUGAUGUUGUUAUACAUCAGAGAUGUCACACCGGGGAGAAACCAUUUUCAUGCUCUGAGUGUGGGAAAUGUUUUACACACAAAUCGGAUGCUGUUAGACAUGAGAGAAUUCACACAGGUGUGAAGCCCUUUACUUGUGCCGAGUGUGGGAAAAGUUUUACAAAGAAAUCGGCUCUUGUUACGCAUCGAAGAAUUCACACGGGGGAGAAACCAUAUACUUGUCUGGAGUGUGGGAAAUGUUUUACACAGAAAUAUGAUGUUGUUAUGCAUCAGAGACGUCACACUGGUGAGAAGACACCGGCAUGUCCCGAGAGUGGGAAAUGUUUGACACAGCAAGCACAUCUUGUUACACAUCAGAGAACUCACACGGACGAGGUGCUGUUUUCAUAUUCUGAUUGUGGGAAAUGACUAAGAUCAAAUCUUAAAACUAUACUUUAUUUGUAAAGGUGGAACUUUGCGCGUCUGUAUGUGGAAAGUACUUCUAAGAACAAGUCUCAUUAUGCAUAGCAUUACUCAUGACAUAUGCUCUUUAUUAUCUAUUUAGAUUUAUGUUACUACCAAAGUUACAGCCACAAUUGUGUUCUUGUGUGUUUCUUACUUUUCUACCUUCAUUGCAGGUCACUGGAUUAUCCUGGUCUAUAGAGUGCUGUGAUAAGGAGCUUGGUCACUUUAAUACUUCAAGUUCCUCUUUACCCCUUGGCUGCCUGAGAACUUGUUUAAUGUCCGCUUAUAGCAGUCAUUCUGGGUUUUUCCGUUUCUCCCUAGCUGUGACCUGUGUUUUCUGCAGCGCCAUAUCCUCUUUUGGAUUGUGCAGCUGUAAUGUCCUUUUCUCUGUGUCAAGGAAAGGGGCUUCAUCCAGGAAUGGACGAAGGCAAACUUCCUGCUUUUUACAUCACUCCAUAUUUACGUAAAACCAGUCCAUAUUUUUUGCCCUGUACGUACGGCAUGUGAGGCAGAGGACCAGUGGUUAUGCUCACCUGCAAGUGUAGUCCCUGAGAUAGUGGAGCCAGAUGGGACCAGGUCUCUUCAGAAGGUCACUCAGCUUGCAUCAUGUCUUUUGGAUCUUAGCAGAGCGUCUCCUCCCCUUCCUCCAUAAGAGUGAUGGGAUCCUGGUUAGUGACUUUGGUCUCGAUGAGGACUCUGACAAGCCACCUUUGGCAUCCACUGCAACAAUACCUGACUGCCCACAUUUUCUCCAAAGUUUGCCAUGAUCAGUGCAAAGUCUGUUGCAGCUGUCCUUUUGCUUACAGAUAUUGUGACCGUUGCCACCCCUUCUAGACCAUGGAAGCGGUAGUCUCCAGGGAUUCCCCAAUCUCGGUAGUCAGACUGUGACUUUUCCUUCCAGAAGGAAGUCAAAGCGGUGGAAGGCUCCAUCACUUAGGUAUUUUCAUGUUCCGAAAAAGAUGAAACGAAAAUUUGGGAAAGUAUGAUCCAAUGUGUUCCAAUUUAGGGGGUUAUGUGGCUUGGAUCGCACAAGUGAUGCCCUGUACAGUUUCCCCGAUAUGUCAGCCCUUCACCUUUUAGAUUGUAAGCUCAUAAGUAUACUCUAUACUCCCUUUUGGUGGCACCUAACCCCUGGUUUCCUAUACCUGUCCUAUAUACUUGAACUGUAAGUGCUGUUUUCUGGUUUGCUCAUUAGAUUAUGUACUGUGUAAUGGGCGCUGCAGAUCCCUUGUGGCGCCAUAUAAAGGAUAAUAAUAAGUAUAAGUAAUGUGCUUUGGUAUGCAGCUCUCGAUUGAGGUCUGUCAAAUCCGUUAGGGCGUGAGGGGUGAGAAUAAUAACACAUUUUACAGUAAGGGAGUACGCAGGCCUAAAACGUGACUGUGAUGGAGAUAAUGAAUUAUAUGAAGUAUCACAGGUUACUGCAAAUAGAGAACUUUAAAAACAUCAAAAUAAAAUAAUGAAAAAAAUCAUAGAAAACAGUAUUGCAAUAAUAACAUACGUGGUUAAAAGGUUGUCUCACCUCAGACUUUUUCAUGAAAUAUGCACUUUAUUGGCAUCGUUAUUGUGACAUCAUUACAAUGCCUGAGUUUGUGCGAUUCAGAUGCUAACCUGUCAAAUAAGCCAAGAAAUAUGUCUGGUAUGAGUGAGCCGUGCCCAUGUUUACACCAUGUAUCAUUGUGUUUUAUUCACCAACUUUAUACUAAUUCCUUUGCAAUAUACUAAUCCUAAGUGUCCAGUACACUGGGAGUGACUUAGGGGGUCAUUCCGAGUUGAUUGUAGCUGUGCUAAGUUUAGCACAGCUACGCUCGUAAACUCAGACAUGCGGGGGGGCGCCCAGCACAGGGCUAGUCCGCCCUGAAUGUCCGUACCGCCCCUUCCCCCCCCCCCUGCACAAAUACAAAAGCAUCACACAGCGGCGAUGCCUUUGUAUUUGAGGAGUAACUCCUGGCUCCUGCUGGCCGCUACAGACCGCCCCACCAACCGUCCUGCCACGCCUGCGUUGGCCGGACCGCUCCCUCUAAACGGCGGCUUAGCGCCGCCGUUCAGCCCCCUCCCGCCCAGCGACCGCGUCUGUCUCGGAGGCGAUCGCUGGGCACCGAUGACUGCCAUGCACCGGCGCACUGCGGAGCCGGCGCAUGCGCAGUUCCGACCCGAUCUCUGCACUGCGACAAACUGCAGCGAGCGAUCGGGUCGGAAUGACCCCCUUAGUGUGCAGCUACGAUGCAAUUAAGGUGCAAAAUGUAGGAAAAUGUCAAAGUCUGAGAAGUGCUACGCAUGGCAGAUUGUGCCAAAUGGCACUAGAAGGAUACAUCUAUGAGGAAACAUAUGUAAGGUCCGCCUUGCCAAUCAAUGUAAAUUAUGUAUGAAAAAUUGUAUUUUCAAACUGGAUGUCAAAUAGCAAUUCUGUUAUUAACAUGCCAAGUGAUCGACUUUAGCCAUAAGACAGGUCUGGUUGUAAAAGAGUGUAUGUUGUAGCAAGUUCAGGAUUUCUGAAAUGUUAAUCCUUUUAUUUGUCUGAAAUUAUUAUUAAUUAUAGCCUGUAUGUCUUUUUUUUACAUUGGCCCUCAUUCCGAGUUGUUCGCUCGCAAGGCGAUUUUAGCAGAGUUACACACGCUAAGCCGCCGCCUACUGGGAGUGAAUCUUAGCUUCUUAAAAGUGCGACCGAUGUAUUCGCAAUAUUGCGAUUACAAACUACUUAGCAGUUUUUGAGUAGCUUCAGACUUACUCUGCCUGUGCGAUCAGUUCAGUGCUUUUCGUUCCUGGAUGACGUCACAAACACACCCAGCGUUCGCCCAGGCACUCCCACCGUUUCUCCGGCCACUCCUGCGUUUUUUCCGGAAACGGUAGCGUUUUCAGCCACACGCCCCUAAAACGCCGUGCUUCCGCCCAGUAACACCCAUUUCCUGUCAAUCACAAUGCGAUCGUCGGAGCGAUGAAAAAGCCGUGAGUAAAAAUACUAUCUUCAUAGUAAAGUUACUUGGCGCAGUCGCAGUGCGAACAUUGCGCAUGCGCACUAAGCGGAUUCUCACUGCGAUGCGAUGAAAAACUCCGAGCGAACAACUCGGAAUGAGGGCCAUUGUUUUGUUAAUGUAGCUAAUAUUUUUUGGAUUAAAAUACAUUUAAUCUAGCAUA